ACACACACACACACACACACACACACACACACACACACACACACACACACACACACUCAGUCAGUCUCCCUCUCUUAUACACACAAUACAAAGUCACUGUAACAUUCACCAUGCUUGCCGCUGGAUGCUCUUAGACCAACGCAUCCACUUCACCGUCGGGUCUGAAAGGGAGUUCAAUAUUGCAUUCAUCGGUCCGUCUCUUUAUCCUCAUGGCUUCAUCGGGUGGAAUAGAGAAAUGUGUUCUGCACAGAGGCAGAUCUCAAAGUGACCCAAACAUCCUCAGCGAGACUGGCAUUGAUCUCGAGCACAGCGCAGAUGUGAUGGAGCAGCAAAAGGUGCUGUGCUCCAGUUGUUUGGUGAGUGGAGUCCACACCCCUCCCAUCCGUCGCCACAGCAAGCUUGCCACGCUGGGGCGCAUUUUCAGGCCAUGGAAAUGGAGGAAAAAGAAAAACGAAAAGCUGAAACAGAGCUCUACAGAUGUGGCCUUGGCCCGUGGACUUCACUCUCCAGACCUGAGCUCUCCCAUCCAGGGCUUGGGAGAGCUGCCUGGCUGUCAGGGGCCCAUUCUCAGCAUCAGUAGCAUGGAGUGCCUCAGUUCAGAAUCAGUUCAAGACAAUCUCCCUACAGUGGUAUAUUCAGUACAGGACAGCGAGGCAACAGAAGAGCCAAAUUCAAAUGAGGAUGAGGAAGAGGAAGAUGAAGAGGAGGAGGAGGCUAUUCCAUGUGUAAAUGAGAAUGAGGAUGUUGAAGAAGAUGCAGAGGACCGAGAGGCAGAUGAAGACGAGGAGCCGCAGGAACAGUCUCCUCCAAGUAGUCAUUGCAAUCUCGUCUCUCAGCUUAGUACUGAGGAAGACAUGGGUAAAGUCAUCGUCGCAACUGUGCCUCAUUUAAACUCUUAUCUCACAAAAGAACUGCCUAGAGUCCCUGACGGCCCCAGUCCUGUGGUUUUAAGAGGGCCUUUUAGUAAUGCUGUGGGUUCACCACAGAUAGGCAGCAUAUACCCGCCGAUGCCCCCUAGCUGUAUAAUAGAGGAACUGCACCGAGCCCUGGCCACAAAGCUCAGACAAGAGAGCAUCGAGCGGGAGUCUUGUGGAGAACCUGAGAACAGAAAGGAAUCAGACGAAAACAAGGAAAAUGUUAGACAGGACCACUGCUUCACUGAUGCGUCCGAAAUAAUUUAUGACAUUGACAGCUGGAAUGAAUCUGUCAUUUCUGGUACAUUGCCAAGGAGGAUGAGGAAGGAGUUGCUGGCUGUGAAGCUUCGGAACCGUCCCAGCAAACAGGAGCUGGAGGACAGGAAUAUUUUCCCUACACGGAGUGACCAGGAAAGACAGGAGAUCCGUCAGCAGAUCGAAAUGAAGCUUGCCAAGAGACUCAGUCAGCGGCCGGCCGUUGAAGAGCUGGAGAGCAGAAAUAUUUUAAAACAGAGAAACGAUCAGACAGAGCAAGAGGAAAGAAGAGAGAUCAAACAGAGGCUAAACAGAAAGCUCAACCAGAGGCCAACAGUUGAUGAACUUCGGGAAAGAAAGAUUCUCAUCCGCUUCAGUGACUAUGUCGAGGUGGCCAAAGCCCAGGAUUAUGACAGAAGAGCUGACAAACCCUGGACAAGACUGUCUGCAGCUGACAAGGCGGCCAUCCGCAAAGAGUUGAAUGAGUUUAAAAGCACUGAAAUGGAGGUACAUGCUUCAAGCAAGCACCUAACAAGGUUUCACAGGCCCUAAGAGGGGGUUUUCUUCUGUGAAGAAACUACUUGAAUGUGGCAUUCAUAUUAAAAUCCUGGAGGUACCUCUUCCAGAGUCGUGGCGUUGUCCAUGGGGUUCUCUUAUUCUUCCAGUGCCCUGGGCCAAGUGGUGAUUGGGUGUGGUUAAUGCUGGAGGCUGUCUCCACUGCGAGUGGUCGCCGGGAGAAACCUGAGAAACACCUGCGGCUAUAUUUAACCUGAAGCUGAUGGAGUGGGAACAGCAGGAGACUUACGUUUUUGAUGUUUUUGAACCAGACUGCAUUUCAUUGACUGCUAAGAAAAAAUGAAUCCGAUCUGGGUAAAUGUUUGUGUACACGGCUGUGAAAAAGGUUUGAAAGUUAAAAAAAAAAAAAACUAAGUAAAAAGAAAAAACUAACAAAAAACCUUGAGGGUUAAUAAGCCUGCUUUAAAUGAAUUUCAUAUUUACUGUACAAAAGUCAGUUUGAACAGGGUUGUUCAUCAUCACUUGGGGGAAAAACUUUGAAAGCACUACUUGUCUUUAAAAUACAAAACUUUUGGAAAUA